AUGGACGAUAAAUGGUUUACGUCUUUGCUGCAGACUGCAGAAACAGCCCGAACCGCUGCGCCCACACAAACAGAAGUUAUUGGGAUCGUGAACUGCACGACGCCGCCAAGAAGAAGAUACAGCCUCAACCAUUAUUCUUCACCCACAAAACGACCAAAGAAGGUAAGAAAAUGUUGAUGUUGAUGUUUUUUAAUUUUAAUAUAGUUUAGAGUUGCUUUGGCAUGGAUUUUUGAGCUGAUUGAUGUGUUUAGGCAAGUAUAACAUCGGCGUUUGGCUGAGAUUAGAAGAGGAUUUGUUGAAUAUACAUUGAGAAAACGUUUGUGAAUAGUUAUGUGGUAUUUUAUUCAAGUUGGAACGGCUUUUAUUAAGUUUUAACGUUUUUAUAAGAUUUGAAGGGUUGAUGUCAAGUGAUUUUUUUGAUAUUCAGAUGUUUUAGUAAAUAUUUUAGUCCUAAAAUUUGCAAUGAUGUUGGCAAUGCUUUUGGCAAGAGUUUUUUUUGAAAAUCAGCUUGUUAUAUACAUGCGCCGCCAAGUUACAUAAUUUUUAAUAGAUGAGUGUUGAUGUCUAGUAUAAUAUCGAGUUUUUAUAAAUUCUGGUUAAUGUUGGAAAUUGAUAUUUUUUGAGAAUUAUAAGGAUACUACUUUCAACGUUUGUGGUAAAUUAAGUUUAUUUGGAACAAUAUAUUUUUUGUUAUAAUAUUUUUUAUUUGUUGAAGGCCGAUGUUUACUAUAAUAUUGGUUUUUUGAUAAAUUAAAUUUGUUUUCGGGCUUAAAUUUUCAGAAAAAUUUUUAUAUAAAGAUAGGGAUUAUUUUGCGUAUUUUAACGAUAUGAAUUUCAGGUAUUCGACUCAGAAAUUCAACAAAGAAGUCCUCCGAUCAAAGUGGAAUGUCCUCCAACCCCGCCUCGCCUCAAAGUUGUGGAUUCACCAGCAAAGGGAGAGUGCUCAUUCAGCUUCGAAUUAGAUCAAACUCCUUCAGGAUCAAACUGGAAUAAGCCUUCAUCUGUGCCAAUAUUCGGAACUACUUUAAAACGGCCGAAAUUGGACAAUUCCAAUCGAUUUGCUUUGGACUUGGAGUCAAGAUUGGACAAAGUUCAAAAGCUGAAGAUAGAAACUCCAAAAAGAGUGGAAAAACGACCAGUGUUUGUUGAUGUUGUGGUAGAUGAACAUGAGUUGAAAUUGUGUGAAAAUGGAUUAAAUUUAUUUGGAGAUGGUUUGAAGUUGAAUCAAAGUGAAGAUGACUUCAAUAUGAGUUUAAAUGAAGAUAUCAUUAACUUUUGUGAAGGAGAAGAUGGUUUUAACUUGUGUGAAGGUGAAGAUGGCUUCAACGCGGAGUAUAUCAACGUUGACGAUGUAUUCAAGUGCUGGGAAGAGGUUUUCGAGGAAGAAGAAGAGGCUGAAGAGAAGGAUAAGAUCGAAAACGGUCGGUUUUAGUUUUUUUUAUUAUAGCUUAGGAAAUAUUGGUUUUUGAGGUGAUUUUGUUAAUUUAAAAGGAUAUUUAAUUAGAAAGGAAUGAUUAUGUACAAAAAAUGGCAAUUUGUUGUUUAAAGAGCCUUUUAAUUAUUUAAAAUGCCCUUUUUAGGUAAGAAACACUAUUUUAUUACCUAAAUUAAACUUUUGAGCAUAAAGCCCACUUUUAUUGUUAGAAAAUGGAGUUUUUAGCUAGAAAAACAAGUGUAAAAACUUUUUAAAAAUCGUAUUUUAACCAAUAAUUUAAAAUUACUCCAAAAUUUUAUAGCCGAAUCCCGCCACCAUUUAAACCUUCCCCAAUCCGACCUUAUCUAUUCCUCCGGCUUGGUGUGUAUCGAGCAUGGCGAUCGAAUGAUUGUGGCCAAGCCCCACAACACUGCCAAUAUUCACGAGCAAAUGGCGUUGGAUCAUGUUGAAAUGGCCUUUUUCAACAUUGACGAAUGUCAUUUGGACGAGAAACGAAUCGUUUUUGCGAAAUUUGAAUAA